AUGGGCUCGACGGCGUCCUUGUCCUCGUACACCAUGACCACGCCGUCCGCCAUGACGAAGUGGUGCUGCGACGUCUCGGGCACGGGGUUGUUGAAAGGUUCGUACGGGAUCUCGUCGCGGUGGCGCAGCUUCGCGGCCGCGCCGGCCGCGCGCGGACUGGUGGGCACCUCCGCGGGCGGCGGCGGCGUCUUGGGCUCGUUGACGGUGAUCCACUUCUUGCGCAGCUCCAGGCACUUGCGGAUGAGCCCGCAGACCUCCUUGGUCUCCCUGUCCACCUCCUCGGGCGGCGACGUGAUCUGGAUGCGCUGGUACGUGGACAGCUGGCCGUAG